AUGCGAAUUGAGCGUGGCCAGGAGUCGCUUCAAUUGGUUGUGAUGCAGGCUGAUGAUGCCUUUGGAAAACAAAUGCCAAUUGAGCCUCGCUCUGGCUCGGAGUCGACGUUGAUUUCUGCGCUGGGAAUUGGUCGCCGUAGUCCUCCACAGGGAAGUGGCACUGCCAAGGUGAUGCCAGAUAAUACCGGCAGAGCACUGCAAAGGAUGGCCAGAGCACGAAGUGUCAGUUCAGCCACCAAUGCAAAGGAGCGAAACUCGCAGUGGCACAUGGGGCUUCAGUUCUUGGGCGACAUCCACGCCUCUGGCGUGACUUUGGACAUUAUGAACUACGUGGCAGGCAUCAGCGCAUGUGCUCCGGGCUCGCGCUGGCAAAGAGCUUUGCACUUCUUGGAGGAGAUCGUUGGAGCAAGUUUUAGACCAAGCGCGAUUUGCCACAACGCAGCCGUUACCUGCUGCCACCGUGCAGAGCAGUGGCCACAGUCACUGCAGCUGUGGACAUCUAUGUGGACCCACAAAAUCCUCCCCGACACGGUGACUGUGAGUUCCACCAUCAGCGUCCACGGCUGCGGAUCUCAGUGGUGGAUGAGCUCGGCCUUGACUGAGACGCUCCUGCGUCACGAGCUGCUGCCAGAUUUGGUGUUUUACAACACCAUUUUGACCUCGACCUCUUGGCCCCUGGCGUUGCACCUUCUGCAGGAUCCGCCUGAUCCGCGGAUCCUGCGGAUGUCGCCGGACACGGUGAGCUUCAACGCAUCAAUGAACGCGUGUGCUAAAGCUGGAGAGUGGCAAGUUGCACUACAUCUCUUUGAGCAGAUGAAGAGCAGAUCUAUUGUCCCAGACGUGUUCAGCUACAGUUCCAUCAUGACCUGCUGCGAAUGGCGCCUGGCUUUAGCCUUUCUGCAGCAGAUGCAGUCCGAGAAGUUGUCACCAGAUUUGCCAUGUUUCAAUGCGUUGCUGUCCUCUUGCCACAGAUCUUCUGAGAGUAUCUUGAUGAUGCAGCUCUUUUCGAAGAUGUUCAGCAUAAGGCUCACCCCGGACAGUUCCAGUUACACGGUGGCCAUCCAGGAGCAGAUGAACUGA